AUCAGCCCGACGUUUAAUCAAAGAAGUGCAUCGGGCAGAGAAUUUUCAACCCCCGAGCCAUCGUUCAGGCGAUUCUAUUCACCACAGCGGGCAGCGGCUUUUCACAGCAAACCGGCAUCGGGUCCAAUGACAGCGUUUGAACGACAAGCAGAAGAUUUCAAAAUUCGACUGCUUGGAAAUAACGGUUUUGGCGACAUUAUGAGAGCGCUGGAGCAUGCAAAAAUUGGAUUUUACGAAAGGUUUGGAAAAUUUUAUUCAUAAAA